AUGAGAGUAAAUGCAUUGUUGGUUCAAGACAAAACAACAACAACAACGAAUGUAAUAGAUUACAAGGAUUACAUAUUUGCAUUAAUGUCAGAGACUGCCGCCAAUAACCAAAAUCAAAGAAAUCAUACUUAUCUAUCUUUGAAUGCAAGAGAUUCAUUGUCGCCACAAACAAAUCAACAGAGUCCAAUUUGUUAUGAUUUUGCUCAUUCCGUUAAUAUCAACACAGGUCACAGUCGAAUGAUCAUUUCAAAGAGUGUACUUUCAAAUACUAUCAUCAUUUCAUUCUCUUCAACUUUUCCAAUUGACAAUUAUUUAAAUGAUCCUGAGUUGGUUGAAUGUCCAUUUAAAACAAAGUCACAAAAUUGUGGUGGAAUGUUUAAAGGUAUUGUAAAUGAAUACUUGGAGAUGAAAGAUGAUUUGACAACAUUUCUACAUCAAUUGGAUAGUGUCUAUGAUGUCUACGUCACUGGUUAUUCAUUUGGAGGUUCGUUGGCUUUGGUUUGUGCAACUGAUCUAUUGGCUCGUCCCAUCGAUGAUAUCGGUCGAUUUUAUUCUCUAUCACUUGUUACAUUUGGUCAACCACCGAUUGGUGACAAACAAUUCAUUCAAUUCCUUCAAGGUGGUUCCUCCAAUAGUGCCAGUGCCAAUGCUGCCGCCAACAAAGGUGUCUCUACUCCUUUAGCCAAAGGACAAAAUGAUUUAAAAUCAAAGUUACAAUACCGUCGUUAUGCAACUGCCACAGUCACUGCCAAUACCAAUGACCCAAUAGUUUAUGAUUCAAUCAUCGAUUUAAAUCAAAAUAUAUUUUAUCAUCCACAAUCCUCCUCAUCCACCUCUUUAUUAUAUUUACCAAUCACUAUUUCAACAAGAACAACAGCCAUGUCAAGUGGAUUAAGUAUUCAUUCACUUCACCAUUAUUUAACUGGAUUAUAUUCACCAUUGUAUUCUCCAUGUAGAUCAUCUAGUUAUUAUAGUAGUAGUAGUGUUCCAUCACCCACUUCAUCUUCAUCCCCAUCUCCAUCAUCAAUUUAUACGAAUAGAAUAUUUCAUAGUCCAAUGUCAAGUGGAUUAUGUAAAUCUAAAUUAAUCAUCAAUAUUAAUAAUCCACAAUUUGAUAAAUACUCUAUUUGUUUGUUAUCGUACACCAAGUAUUUAAAUUACUAUCAAUACAACCAAUCAGUUUCAUGUGCCAAUAAUCUGGGUACCGAUAUUCAAGGUGGUAUUAUGAUCACACUGGCAGACAUGUCUAAAACACCAAACUAUUAUUUAGAGUUUAAUUUGGAUAGUUCAACAUGUCAUGUAGGCAGUGACAAAACACCUGGAGGUGGUGAAAACCAUGGUGACUUGAUAUUAAUAAUAGAGAAUCAUAAUCAACAAUUAAUUCCAACUACACUAGACUAUUCUAUUAAUCUUACCACUAGAUAUCCAUCUCCUAAUCCACCUCUAAAUAUUUCUUUAGAAUGGAAUAUUCAACACCCAAUAACAACAACAACAACAAGACAAGAUUUAUAUUCUUUAAAAGUGUCUUGGAAUACAACUAAAACAACAACCACAACCACAACAACAACAACAACAGCAACAAUCAACAAAGAUAUAGAUGAUAUUAUCAAAGAUAGUGAUAGUGAUAAUAUUGCAUAUCAUAUUUGGAUUUGUAGUGUUGGUGGUAAUUGGAAAAGAUUUACUGUUAAUUCAAUUGAUGACAAUAAUGAUAGUAAUAAUAUUACAGGUCGAUUAAGUAAAGUAAUAACAGAUAUACCAUUUGGAGUUUAUUCAAUAUCAAUGACAACAGAAAACUUGACCACUAAAAUGGAAUCAAUACCAUCCAAAGUAAUGUUUGUUCCUUCAAAUUGGGUUGAACAAUCAUAA